AUGAGUUAUUUCCAAGAAGGUUCUGGAAAUGAGAACCUUUAUGAUGAAUUUCAUCUGGACAGUUUUUUAGCUUCACUACUCCAGGACAAUGAUGGAAACAUGCAGAUAAUGGAUGCCUACGGGGACCCUCAAAUACUAUGCAACUCUUAUACCUUCAGAGUCGAAGAAGAUUAUGACACAACUUUCUCAGCAUGCGAAAAGGCAUUUUUUUCUGAUGAAGAAAUGAACAGAGACAUCCUGGGUGAAGCCUUGGAGAGCUGGUUCAAGAUCACAAUUCCAAAUGGAAGAAAGUACAACAAGGUGUGGUUAAUAAAUUUACUCCAGAGUUACUGCAGUGUGGGCUUCACACCAGUUGAUUUCCAGUACAUCAGAAACAGUAUACAAUUCUUUGUUCAAAGUGCCAAAACUGCUGUGGAAUUGAUGAAUAUAAACUACCAGAUAAGUGACGAGGAGAAUGAAAAGAUUUCUAUCUUUGUGAAUACAUCUAGUGAACCUGCAUCUGUACAUUAUAAGUUAACACCAGAACAAAUACACAGUCUAAAGCUGAGCAUGAAGAAACGAUAUGAUGUCUCCAGGAAAGCUCUGUACCUCAGAAAGCUUCGCUUUGACCAAGACUUGGUAGAUCGUGGAAUUGACAUAUUUUUGAACAGAAAAAGCUGCAUGACUGCCACCCUUCAAAUCAUCCAAGAGGAUUUCCCCGAACUGUUGUCCUUGAAUGUGAGCAACAACAAAAUAUACUGGCUAGAUGGCCUGUCUGAAUUAAUAGAGAAGGCCCCUCACAUCAAGACUCUCAACCUUUCAAGAAAUUUGCUAAGAACAGCAUGGGAGUUGGAGAAAAUGAAAGGGCUGAAGCUAGAACAGCUGUGGCUAGAAGGGAACCCCUUGUGCAGCACUUUCCGAGACUAUUCUUCCUAUGAUGGCAUGAAAUUAUUCCCAACAGUUGACAUUAACACCUUGGAAAUAAUAAAGCCAUGCAAGGAAAGCUAUAAAGGAUCUGAGAGUCUGAAGAACCUGCUCGUGCAAUUUAUGCUUCAAUACUACUUGAUCUAUGACUAUGGUGAUCGUCACAGUCUCCUUAGUGCUUACCACGCAGAUGCCUGCUUCUCCCUGACCAUCACUUUCAACUCUGAAAAGGAAGACCUGAGCAACUUAGAAGACUACUUCAAAGAUAAUAGGAAUAUGAUGAGGCUGAACAAUACCUUUUUGCGUCUGCGGCUGCUGAAGCACAAAAAAUGUAACAUCGUGACCUGCCUUCAUGAACUGCCAAAAACACAACAUGAUUUAAAUUCCUAUGUAAUAGACCUUUGUGUCCAGACAGAAAAUAUGAUCUGCUUCUCUGUCAAUGGAGUAUUCAAGGAAGUGGAAGGAAAGUCAUGGGGAUGUGUCCGUGCCUUCACCAGGACAUUCAUUUUAACUGCUGACAGUCAUUUCAGACUGUGCAUUGUGAAUGAUGAGAUGAUUUUGAGAAAUGCCAGCCCCACAGAGACCAGGAAGGCCUUCUCUACUGCUAGGCCCACAUCGUCCUACACGGAGAGUUACUGGAACACCCACACUGAUCUGAAGCAGUUUGAAGACAAGUGGAAAUGCAACCUAGAUGAUGAAGCCCUCUUUACAUUCCAGUUUGGCAUCAGAACCGAAGUGUCGCAGUUUGCACUACGAGCAGCACUCUCGAGUGGCAAUAGUAUCACUCCACUUUCCUAA